AUGCCGCCUGCAACCUCCGAAGAGUCUCAAAAAUUCACUGGGCGUCUUGGUAGUUUGAGCCCUCAGCAAGCUGAAAUCCUGGAAAGGUUUCGCAAAGAAAUUAAAGACGAGGGUGUUUUCGACGAAAGACGCCAUGAUGACGCCUGUCUACUCCUUAAAAGUUUUGAUUAUAAGGAACGAGAUGAAGUGAUGAAACAUUACCCUCGAUAUUACCACAAAACGGACAAAGAAGGACGCCCUAUAUACAUUGAAGAAAUCGGUAGGGUUGAUGUCAAGGCUCUGUAUCAAAUCACCACCCUUGAACGUCAAAUUCAAAACUUAGUCGUCGAAUAUGAGAGGCUUGCAGAUAUUAGACUUCCAGCUUGCUCGGAAAAAUAUGGUAGACUCACCGAAACCUCGUGUACCAUCUUAGACCUUAAGGGCGUUUCUUUGCGUUCUUUUUCGAACGUAUUCAGUUUCGUCAAACAAGCGUCUAACAUUGGACAAAACUAUUAUCCAGAACGCAUGGGAAAAUUUUAUAUUAUUAAUGCGCCAAUGCUCUUUUCUUCUGUGUGGAGUUUGGUUAAACCUCUCUUGGAUGAGGUCACUGCUUCAAAAAUUACGAUUCUAGGUUCGAAAUAUCAGGCUACAUUAUUGGAAAAUAUUCCCGCCGAAAACCUACCCGUUUCUUUUGGCGGUGCUUGUAACUGUGAAGGUAGUUGCCAACUAAGUGACAACGGUCCAUGGCGAGAGGAGCAUCUACCGCCCAAUGGAUCAACAUCCAUUGUCAAGGCAAUGGAAUAA